CUAACUCAGUUGACAGUUGAAGCAGUAACAAUAUUUUAGCAUAACUUUCUUAAAAUGAUAAGACCAUGAUCUUUAUGGAAACCAUAACUUAUUGUUAAAAAUCAAAUGCCAUGUUCUAGUGGCUACAUGUUUCUGGGCUGGCCAUGGCUAUUCUUGAUUUUUUUACUUCAGUGAAGCAUUUAGCCAGUCAGUUGGCUUUUCAGCAAUUUUUGCUUCAUCCAGAGUUCAAUGUCUGUCUUUAACCAUCUGCCUUUGAAGAAGCACUAAUAGAUGAAGGCCUGAUCUUUAGAAAGCUGAGUAGCUACAUUGGAUAUGCUUGCUUCCUUCUAUCCAUCCCUUCCCCCCCAGCUGUUAAAACUCCUGUUGAAAGGUAAAGGUGUUAGUAAGCUUUUACCGGCCAAAAAGUUUUGGGAACCUGAUGAUUCAGCAAAAGAUGGACAAAAAGGGAUAUUCCUUGGUGAUGAGUGGAGAGAGACUGCAUGGGGAACUCCUCACCAUUCUAUGUCCCAACCUAUUAUGGUACAGAGAAAGCCUGGACAGGGUUUUCAUGGAAACAGUGAAGUAAAUGCUGUAUUGUCUCCACGAUCAGAAAGUGGUGGCCUUGGAGUGAGCAUGGUAGAAUAUGUGUUAAGUUCCUCUCCAGCUGAUAAAUUGGAUUCCCGGUUUAGGAAAGGAGCUUUUGGCACUAGAGAUGCUGAAACAGAUGGACCUGAGAAAGGAGAUCAGAAAGGCAAGGCUUCUCCAUUUGAGGAGGACAAAAACAGAGAUCUUAAACAAGGAGAUGAUGAGGAUGUUACUAAAAUAAAUGGCAGAGGUUUGCCAAAUGGAAUGGAUGCCGAUUGCAAAGAUUUUAAUCGUACCCCUGGAAGUCGACAAGCCUCCCCAACAGAAGUUUCUGAACGCUUGGGCCCCAAUCCCAGCACCACAGAAGGAUUAGGUCCACUUUCCAAUCCUACAGCUCACAAGCCUCUGGUGGAAGAAUUUUCAAAUCCAGAAAAUCAGAAUCUAGAUGCCAUGGAACAAGUUGGUCUUGAUUCUCUACAGUUUGACUAUCCUGGCAAUCAGGUACAAAUGGACUCUUCAGGAGCUACUGUAGGACUUUUUGACUACAAUUCUCAGCAGCAGCUUUUCCAGAGGACUAAUGCUCUGACUGUCCAACAGUUAACAGCAGCCCAGCAGCAGCAAUACGCACUGGCUGCAGCUCAGCAGCCACACAUAGCAGGCGUGUUCUCAGCAGGCUUGGCUCCAGCUGCUUUUGUGCCAAACCCAUACAUUAUCAGUGCUGCUCCUCCAGGUACUGACCCAUACACUGCAGCUGGAUUAGCUGCAGCAGCUACCCUCGCAGGUCCUGCUGUGGUUCCACCUCAGUAUUAUGGUGUUCCAUGGGGGGUGUAUCCAGCCAAUUUAUUUCAGCAGCAAGCUGCAGCAGCAAAUACCACCGCAAAUCAGCAAGCGGCUUCACAGGCACAACAGGGACAGCAACCGGUUCUGCGUGCUGGAGCAACUCAGCGCCCACUUACUCCCAAUCAGGGUCAGCAAGGGCAGCAAGCAGAGUCACUUGCAGCAGCUGCAGCAGCAAAUCCAGCUUUGGCUUUUGGUCAGGGUCUUGCUACAGGCAUGCCAGGCUAUCAAGUACUAGCUCCCACUGCCUAUUACGAUCAGACUGGUGCCUUAGUAGUAGGCCCUGGAGCAAGAACCGGCCUUGGAGCACCAGUCAGAUUAGUGGCCUCAACUCCUGUUAUAAUCAGUUCUGCAGCAGCACAAGCAGCUGCAGCUGCUUCAGCUGGAGGAACAGCAAACAAUCUCGCGGGAGCCACGAACGGGCUUUUUCGGCCACUUGGUGCCCAGCCACAACAACAGCAACAGCAAACAAAUAGUAGCCUACAAUCCAAUUCAUUUUAUGGCAGUAACUCUUUGACCAAUAACUCCCAGAGCAGUUCCCUUUUUUCACAUGGUCCUGGCCAACCAGGAAGCACAUCUCUUGGCUUUGGAAGUAGCAGCUCUUUAGGAGCAGCUAUCGGCUCUGCACUUGGUGGAUUUGGCUCAUCAGUUGGCAGUUCUGCAAGUAGUAGUGCCACAAGGAGAGAUUCUCUAUCUACUAGCUCUGACUUGUACAAAAGAUCUAGUAGCAGCCUAGCACCCAUAGGGCAGCCAUUUUACAAUAGUCUGGGAUUUUCCUCCUCUCCAAGUCCAAUAGGCAUGCCUCUGCCAAGCCAAACGCCAGGACAUUCACUUACGCCACCGCCAUCACUUUCAUCACAUGGAUCCUCAUCCAGUUUGCAUUUAGGAGGACUGACAAAUGGUAGUGGUCGCUAUAUUUCUGCAGCACCUGGAGCCGAAGCAAAGUAUCGCAGUGCAGCAAGUACCUCCAGUCUCUUUAGCUCCACCAGUCAGCUCUUCCCUCCUUCACGCCUUCGUUACAGUAGGUCUGAUAUUAUGCCUUCUGGACGUAGUCGGUUGCUGGAAGAUUUCAGAAACAAUCGUUUCCCUAAUCUUCAACUAAGAGACCUUGUUGGACAUAUUGUUGAGUUUUCUCAAGACCAGCAUGGUUCUAGAUUUAUACAGCAAAAGCUGGAGCGAGCUACUCCAGCUGAGCGCCAGAUGGUAUUUAAUGAGAUCCUGCAAGCAGCAUAUCAAUUGAUGACUGAUGUGUUUGGAAACUAUGUAAUACAGAAGUUCUUUGAGUUUGGAAGCCUGGAUCAAAAGCUAGCCCUAGCAACGCGCAUACGUGGUCAUGUUCUGCCAUUAGCCCUACAGAUGUAUGGUUGUCGUGUUAUUCAGAAAGCACUUGAGUCAAUCUCGCCUGACCAGCAGGUAAUUAAUGAGAUGGUGAAAGAGUUGGAUGGUCAUGUUCUGAAAUGUGUGAAAGAUCAAAAUGGAAACCAUGUUGUACAAAAAUGUAUUGAGUGUGUUCAACCCCAGUCGCUCCAGUUCAUCAUUGACGCAUUCAAAGGACAGGUAUUUGUACUUUCAACUCAUCCAUAUGGUUGUAGAGUAAUUCAGCGUAUUCUGGAACACUGUACUGCUGAGCAGACUUUGCCAAUCUUAGAAGAACUGCAUCAACAUACAGAACAGCUAGUGCAGGAUCAAUACGGAAAUUACGUUAUUCAGCAUGUACUGGAGCACGGCCGUCCUGAAGACAAGAGUAAAAUAGUUUCAGAAAUAAGAGGAAAAGUUCUAGCUCUGAGUCAGCACAAAUUUGCCAGCAAUGUGGUAGAAAAAUGUGUAACUCAUGCUUCUCGUGCUGAGCGAGCUUUACUUAUUGAUGAGGUCUGUUGCCAGAAUGAUGGUCCUCACAGUGCCUUAUACACCAUGAUGAAGGACCAGUAUGCCAACUAUGUAGUUCAGAAGAUGAUUGAUAUGGCUGAACCUGCUCAGCGGAAGAUAAUAAUGCACAAGAUUCGACCCCACAUCACAACUCUGCGUAAAUACACCUACGGCAAACACAUUCUGGCCAAGCUGGAGAAGUAUUACCUGAAGAACAGUGCUGAUCUGGGGCCAAUUGGUGGACCACCAAAUGGGAUGCUGUAAAAGGCAAAAAGAAAUGGAAGAAAAAUGGAAUUGUGAAUGAUCAAAGCAUACAACUUAACUAUAAAUGUUCUGAUUUUUUUAAAUCUAUUUAUUGACUUUGUUCAUCCAUUUGUAAAAUUUUUAUUCUUGUGUAUAUUUUUGGGGAGUGAAUUAUUAAAAAAAAAAGAAGAAAAAAAAUAUCUCCAGCCCUGAUCCGGAGACCUAUCAGAUUGGAUGGCUGGCAAAGCACAGAAUGCCUGUAUAUGAUGUAAUUGUAUCAAAAUAGCUGUCACAUAUUUUGUAAAUUUUUACCUUGUAAAGUCACUGAAAUAGUUUUUAAAGGGAAAAAGUACAGUAUUCUUUUAAUACACUGGCUUGCAAUCUGGUAGGUCUACCCAGCAUCAUAGCACAACAGGUUUAUAGAGUUGUAUAUAGAAUUAAUCCUUAUUUUUUCCCUUUUCUGUGAAGUCUUUUAUACCAGAUUAAAACUGAUCAGCUGCAUAAACAUUAUUUAACAUGUCAAAAAGUUAAGUUGUAUUUUGGUGGUUCACAACAUACUAUCCAAAUAGUAAACAGGGCACAGCAACUUAAAAUAGGGGUGAACAAAACAGUGGAAACCUUAAGACUAGUUUUAACCACUUGCUAUAGAUAUAUGUGUUUUUUAAAUGGUGCCCUAAGGUUUCCUCUAGCGAUGUAUUAAAAAUGAAAGUGCUGUAUAUACUUAUAUAUUUAAUUGUUGUAUGAGGUAGAGGGAUUAAAAUGAUGGUGGUACUUCCAUUCAGCAAAGUACACUGUUGGAAGAGGAGUGAAGCCUGUAUUAACUUUACAGUCAGUUUUACAAUGCAGGAAGAGUAGAGAUUUGUAUUUUUUUAUUUUGCAUAUAGAAUUAAUUGUAAGGAUUUGAAAGUGUUGAGCAUUUAUUUUGCUUUCUCACCGUAGAUGCAAAACCAAAAUAGGUAUUGAUGAAGAGAAAAGGGGCCACUGAAGAGUAAACUUGAUAGCUCAACAUUUAAGCAUGAUUGAUUAAAUAUUCAGAUAGCUUUUUUGCUUCCUAUAAAUAUAUGCAUUGUAUACGUGUAGUUAAUAGGUGUAAGUUUACAGUUUGAAAACAAAUCUCUCGUUUCGAUGUUUAUUACAAGCCUUGCUAAUUUAGUAGUGACGCUUACCUUGGUUGUACAGAUGUACAUUUGUAAACCUUCAUGCUGUAAAUGUAAUUUGUUUUACCCCUUUUUGGGACAAAAAUUUGCAUUUUAGUGUAUAUUCAUAUCCCCAUUCCCUCUUCUCCCCCCUGGCAUAUAGUGUUGUAUAAUGUAAAUUUAUUUCAGCAAAUCAAGAGUGAUUUUUUUAAAAUUUUAUCUUUAUAUGGUUUCAGAAAUAUGAACCGGCUUUCUUUUUAUCUCUUGUGAGGAACAUUAUGUUUUGUUUAUAACAUAGCUGUUGAUUCUGUUAAUACGGACACUUCGGGAAAUCAAUCUGUUCAAAUUUUAAUUCGGGAUAAUAAGCAUAGUAAGAAAUGGACUGAAAUAUUUGGUUAUCACAGAAACUAAUGCUUCUUCCAUCUUAAUAAAUGUGGCAUGAUUUUUUUGUACAGAAGAGUACUGUAUUUUUGAAUAGCCUUCUCCCAGCAUAAAGCAAAUAUGUAUGAUACUGUCAAUUUUUUUUCUCUGGACAUAUGACAUUGUAACAGUAACAUAAAGAUGAUGUACAUUUACAAGCGGCCUUAUGUACAUUUCCCAAUGAUCUUUUUAAGGCAGAAUUGUGACCAUAUGUGUAUAAUUAAAAUCCUUUUUAAUCCUUUGCCUAUGGAAAUAUUUUGGAAAAAAGCUUACUUUGUAUAUUCAGUUUCUGAAAGAUAAAGAAAGUGCUUUGUAUGUUGUUGAAGUAAGUAUUUUGUGUAAAACAUUCAUUUGGAUGGCUUAACCUAAAGUUUUGAUCAACCAAGAUAGGUUUGAAUGCAAUGUCUUGAGCAUUGAUCAAAUAAAAGGGUGUUAGGGUAGGGAUUUGAUCACGAGGAAGGAAAACAGUAGUGGUAUAAACUCGUAUAAGGAAUUCUGUUGUAUUACUGCUUUUACCAGGUUUACAUAACUCGUAUUAAAGCAUACAUCUGAGGCACUGCUUUUUUUUAAUGGUAGCGUUGACUCAUCAAUAGGCAAAUGGGAAAGUUUGUUCUGGCCUACUUCCAGUUUCUGAAUCUGUCCUUUAGUGCCCAUAUGAAGGGGCCUAAUUAUUCUUAGUAAGCACAAUUCGAAUUGCCAAGUAGAUUUUGCAUGGCAGUUCACAAAAUUCCUCUUGAGAGGAACAAGCUCUGUCAUUGGAGCCAGAGCUUUCCCUCCAUCACACAAAGGGUGACUUUUGAGCCACUUCCUUGGACAUGUUAAUUCUCCUCGGUGACCCUCUAUUCUGUGUACAAACGCUGGGUGUUGUAAUCCGCAGAGCUGACAUUCCCGUCAGCAUUUAAGUUGGGCUUUCACGGAUGUCCGGGCAGAAACUGAAAAUGUACCAGUACUUUGUCCCUGUAGCACUCAUGCCAUGGUUGAAUUUAAACAGUCCUGUAACUGUCACCCUUGGUGCUUUAAAUCUUGAACAUAAUCUUCCACAUGCUCUCCUAAAAUCAUUUUGCACAACUUCUAUCCAGGAACAUGAAAAUCACGGGGUUUCCUUUCAACUAUUUUAGGCUUUGGGUAGAACCACUAGAAUUUUUGCUCAAGUACUGCUUUUUGAUAUAGAUUGUUUAUGGACCAGUUUGAUUAGGUUUGACUCCAGGUGGCUCAUAUUGAAUAAUGUAAUGUUCACAUGUAUAUACUGUAAAAAAUCAAAAUGAAAAUGUGUGAAUAACACUGUGUGAAAUA